CGCUCGGGGGCGGUGCCUUAGCGCGAACUCCGCGGCGAGUCGGAGCCGGCGGCGGGGAGCCAGGACUUCCGGAGAGGGGCGCGCGCUCGUCUGCACCCCGCCCCACCCCGGCACCCAGCUUGGCUGACCCGGGCUCUGCGGACCAGGUGCCGCCGCCGCGCUGCCUGGGGCCCCGCCAUGGCCCAGCAGAGAGCCCUGCCGCAAAGCAAGGAGACGCUGCUGCAGUCUUACAACAAGCGGCUCAAGGACGACGUCAAGUCCAUCAUGGACAACUUCACCGAGAUCAUCAAGACCGCCAAGAUCGAGGACGAGACGCAAGUGUCGAGGGCCACUCAGGGUGAGCAGGACAAUUACGAGAUGCACGUUCGAGCUGCCAACAUUGUCCGAGCCGGUGAGUCCCUGAUGAAACUGGUGUCUGACCUCAAGCAGUUCCUCAUCCUCAAUGACUUCCCGUCAGUGAACGAGGCCAUCGACCAGCGCAACCAGCAGCUGCGAGCCCUGCAGGAGGAGUGUGACAGGAAGCUCAUUGCCCUGCGCGAUGAGAUCUCCAUCGACCUGUACGAGCUGGAGGAGGAGUAUUACUCCUCCAGCUCAAGUCUUUGUGAAGCUCAUGACCUGCCUCUGUGCGAAGCGUACUGGAGGCUGGACCUCGACACAGACUCUGCUGAUGGCCUCUCGGCCCCUGUGCUGGCAUCCCCGGAGCCCACCACUGGCCCCAUGCAGGCUGCGGUCCCUGCCCACUCACAUGCCAGUGGCCCUGGCCCCUCGGAGCACACCUGAGCCUCGCAGGGCUCUUUUCCCUGUGCCCCUAGGUCUUUAGGAAGUCUGGUGUCCCCACCGGGCUUUGGUCCUAUCAGCCUCGCUUCCCUUUGGGGAGCUGCAGUGGCCUCCUUGGGAACUUUAGCCCAGGGACAGCUGCCUCCCCCACCCCCGUGUUGGGGAAAAGUAGUUCCCCAGCCGUUUCCAAGGUGGCCCACCUCCCUCUGAGUGGUCACCCCUGUUCACGAUCCUCCUGGCCUGCUGGGCAGAAGGUUCCUGGACAGUCCUGUUGAGGUCCCAGUAGUGGGGCAGGAGGACGUCCUGCUAUUUAAAAGCUGCAGAGUGGUGCUCAGAGUGGACAAUAUUAGUCAAGUCCAGAUUCCCCCUCUCAGGCCAGGUCUCCUGUGCAGAGCCAUACCUGCUGCCUUGUCCUGAGGGUCCCUGCACUAGCUGACUGUCCCCACAGGGCUGUGGCGGGGGGAGAGAGAUGCUACCUGCUCUCGUGGAAGCCAGGACCAGGACCUUUCUAAUUCCGCCAUAUACGUUCUGGUAGUUUUGUAAUAAGACAGUUGAAUAAAAACAGCACUGCCCUUUUG